CUGCUCCGUCUCGGCGCAACCACGGACACGCGUGACCAGGCCGGCCGCUACCCCAUUCAUCUCGCCGCUGUUGGUCCCACUACCGCCAACUUUGCCGCCCUGCGUGAUGCCAACGCCAAUCUCUACGCACGUGACAACGCCGGUCGCACCCUGGUGCAUUUCGCCGUCGUCAGUGGCAACUUGGAUCUGCUCCAAUGUGUGCUGCAGGCUACCGACGGCCUGCUCCAUGAACCCGAUACCGACGGGUGGACUCCCCUGCACUACGCCGCCAGGGGCACCUACCACCGCUUCUCUGACCUC